CUCAGAAGUCCCUUUCGCUGGCGUCCCUUUUGGAACCGCAUCAGUAUGUUCAUACAGUUGGCCAAGCAGGCCACAGGGGAUGUCGAAAAGAUGCAUGUCUGGAUCCCCAGAUCCCAAUCAGCUGUGCAGCCGCCUUCCCACUUCAAGAGUCGAGUGGUUUUCCUUCUCCCCGCCUCUUCGGGGAGCGGGCGGAAACCCAAUCGACUUCCAGCGCCGUCCUGCUUCAAGGUUCUGCCUACUUGUUCCGACCGACGGGCAGUCAUCGCUGGCCGCCGCCCGGAGGAAAGCAACGAAAGAGUGCCUAUGAGAUCCUGUCCCCAUCCCAGGACACGCCCUGGGAGGCGGAGGCGCUGUACGCCCACCUCAAGGGCAGCUACUGGUCGGAGGAGGCGCCCCCGCCGCGGGGCGCGGGGCCCGCGGCGGGCUGGGCGCCGUGGCCGCUGGCCGCCGCGGCGGUGCUGCCCGCCGUGGGCCUCUGGUGGGCGGCGUCCCGGGCGCCCGCGUGGGCCCGCGGCCGCUGCGAGGACGGCGCGGAGAUGAGGGCCGUCCUCAGGACGGGCGCGCUGCCGUGCGGCCUCGCCAGCGGCAGCUCCGCCACCAGCCUGCUCUCGGAGUCGCCCGCCGCGGCGGCGGGGUAGCAAGGCCUGUGGCGCAGGGCCCGGCGGCUUCUCGAGGAACACCUGCCCGAAGAGGAGGCCCGGCGUCGCGUCCCCCGAGGCCCUCCCGCAGGCGGAUGCAGACGUGAGGUGGAUCUCGAUACUGUGCUCGACCGGAGGAGUUCUCUUUGGAUAUCCCUGGCGUCGCUGUACUUCGUGGUGAACAAUGUUGGCUCGUCUGCCGGUCGCGGGCCGCGGCCUUCCAGUGCCAGGAACAGUCGGCGUGGCGGUGGGCGCGUCCUGGCGGCGCCUGGGCGACGGGAGGGCCUCGACGGGCGAGGAAAGGCACCGACCCCGCCAGCGGUCGCGGCGGAGUGGAAGCAAGGGGGGGUGCGGGGAGAAGAGCCCAGGCCUCCAGCGCCCCGGACGGCUCGAGGCGGCAAGCCGGUCCCUCGUUUGAGACCCGGGUCAGAAAUCUGCU